AUGUAUUUGUCUCGCUGUGGCAGGUCUGCAGCUCGUCUGCUUCCCCUUGGAAGCUCGCGAGCGGCCACUAUCUCCGCUCGCGCCUCUAUCGCUCCUAGACUCGCUCCCCAAUCGCGGGGUGUGUCCACUCGCGAUACCCAGCACAAGCUGCUGGCUUCCUCCCUGGAGGAGUCCGACCCCGCGGUCUUUAGCAUUCUGCAGAAGGAGAAGAAGCGCCAGAAGCACUUCAUUAACCUGAUUCCUUCCGAGAACUUCACCUCCCAGGCUGUUCUCGAUGCCCUCGGCAGUGUGAUGCAAAACAAGUACUCCGAGGGAUACCCCGGUGCUCGUUACUACGGAGGAAAUGAACACAUUGAUGCCUCAGAGCGUCUGUGCCAGCAGCGUGCGCUGGAGACUUUCCGUCUGAACCCGGAGGAGUGGGGAGUGAACGUUCAGCCCCUCUCCGGCUCCCCCGCCAACCUGAUGGCCUACUCCGCCGUUCUCAACACCCACGAUCGCCUCAUGGGCUUGGACCUUCCCCACGGAGGUCACCUGUCCCACGGAUACCAGACCCCUACCAAGAAGAUCUCCGCCAUUUCCAAAUACUUCGAGACAUUCCCCUACCGCCUGGACGAGUCAACUGGUCUGAUUGACUACGAUGCAUUGGAGAAGAACGCUCAGCUCUACCGACCCAAGCUGAUCAUUGCGGGUACCUCGGCCUACAGUCGCUUGAUUGACUACCCCCGCAUGCGCGCCAUCGCCGACUCCGUGGGUGCCUACUUGCUCGCAGAUAUGGCCCACAUCUCAGGACUUGUUGCCGCUGAUGUCCUACCCUCUCCUUUCCCCCACUCCGAUAUCGUGACUACCACCACACACAAGUCCCUCCGCGGUCCUCGUGGUGCUAUGAUCUUCUACCGCAAGGGAGUGCGCAGCACCGAUAAGAAGGGAAAUGCCAUCAACUACGAUCUCGAGAACCCCAUCAACGCCUCCGUCUUCCCUGGCCACCAGGGAGGCCCCCACAACCACACCAUCACCGCGCUGGCCGUGGCCCUCAAGCAGGCCCAGUCCCCCGACUUCGAGGCCUACCAGAAGACCGUUCUGUCCAACGCCUCCGCUCUCGCCGAGCGUCUCGGUGCAUCCACCAGCAACGGUGGACUCGGCUACAACAUCGUUUCCGGUGGCACCGACAACCACCUCGUUCUCGUGGACCUGAAGAACCGCGGGGUCGACGGUGCUCGCGUCGAGCGCGUCCUCGAGCUGUGCGGUGUCGCUAGCAACAAGAACACCGUGCCCGGUGAUAAGUCCGCCCUCAAGCCCGGCGGUCUGCGUCUCGGAACCCCUGCCAUGACCUCCCGUGGCUUCCAGCCCGAGGACUUCAGCCGCGUCGCUGACAUCGUCGACCGCGCUGUCAUCAUCACCCAGAAGUUGGACAAGGCUGCUCGUGAGGCUGCUCAGUCUCGCGGCGUUAAGAGCCCUGGCACCGUCAAGGCGUUCUUGGAAUACGUGGGUGAGGGCGAGGAGAUCUCAGAGAUUGUUCUCCUCCGCCAAGAGGUUGAGGAUUGGGUUGGUACCUUCAGCCUGCCUUGGGCUGAGGACCAAUAG